GUUUACCUGUACGGCAUUAUAAGGGGGAUCACAUCGUUAUCGUAAAAAAAAAAAAAAAACAAACACUUUCUGCACUUGUUCUUUUUUUCAGCCAAGCGGUGGAUGACUUCCCCUUAAAUCUCUCUCUCUCUAUCUCUCUGCAAUCAAUCAAUCAAAUCAAUUAUUAUUAUUGAUUGAAUAAUUAAUAUUUCAAUCCGUAUCUCUCUCUUUACUCAUCAUAUCAAACGCCAUUAAUACUGCUCUGUUCUAUUCUACAAUCUCGAACGAUUUCAUCGGCUCUACCGCUCUUUACAUGCUUUUCUUGAUUAGCAAGAAUGGAGGUAGCUGUUCCUAGACAACAACAGUCAAAUCAACAGACUGAGGAUAAUCUGCAGUACUCAAGAUACUCAAGAACUUUCCGGAAUUCAAAGAGAAAGGCCGAGGAGAAUAUUGUUAACGGGAGUGAUGAGGAGCCAGAGCCAGAAGAGGGAGAAAAAACUAUGGGAACUCUGGAGAGGGGUUCUUUGGUAGGAAUGGAGGUUCCAUUUGUGAAAAAAGAACAAUCAAAUAAGCUUAUUGGCAAAAGUCCACACAAAACCUCAAAAUGUUCUAGAACUUCUGGUGUUUUGAAGAAAAGAAAGGUUCAAGAAAAUCACAAGCAUGAUUUUACGGAACCAAAGUCAGAAGGGAAAAAAGACCUGUUCAGUUCAAACAGGACUACCAGGAAGGUAGAUGAACCAAAGAAAUUCAACACCUCAAAUAAGAAUGACCAAUAUGAAGAUGGUCUCUUGAUUGACGAUUUGGAUGAUGAUGAUGAAAUGCUUUUCCUUCUAAAGACAAAGUACACAAGAAGGGCUAGAAGAAUGGAUGAUAAUACUACGGUUGUUGAACAGAAUCCCCGGAAAUGUCAUCAAUGCUUGAAGAAGGAGAGAACAACUUUUGUGCCUUGUUCUAAAUGUAUGAAAAUGUACUGUCUGCGGUGCAUCAACCAGUGGUACCCUGACAUGUCAGUAGAAGAAAUUGCUGAAAGUUGCCCAUGUUGCCGCAAUAAUUGCAAUUGCAAUGUUUGUUUGUGUUCAAGAGGAACAAUUAAGACAUCUACCAAGGACAUAACUGAUACCGAAAGGGUUCAGCAUCUACAUUAUAUGAUUAGCUUACUUGUUCCUUUUCUGAAACAAAUUUGUCAUGAACAGAGUCAAGAGGAAGGGAUUGAAGCUAAAAUACAAGGGUGUGAUAUUGAGAUACCGCAGAGUCUUUGUGGCGAUAAUGAACGUGUCUAUUGUGAUCAUUGUGCCACUUCAAUUGUUGACCUUCAUCGAAACUGCCCCAAUUGUUCCUUUGAACUUUGCCUAAGUUGUUGCCAAGAAAUUCGCAAUCAAAGCAUUACAUCACGGGCUGAGAUGAAGUUCCAGUAUGUGAAUAGAGGUUAUGAUUACAUGCAUGGUGGUGAUCCUCUUCUAGUAUCCCCUGUUCUAGAGGCCCCAAAUGGUCAUAUUCAGCUAUCUUCAUUGUGGAAUGCGGAUAGUGAUGGAAGGAUCCCUUGUGCACCGAAGGAGGUUGGAGGUUGUGGUAGUUCUAUAUUAGAGCUGAGGUGUAUCCUACCUCGUGGAUGGCUAUCUAAAUUGGAAGCUAAAGCGCAUGAGAUACUGAGGUUUUGUGAAAUGGAACAAAAAAUAGUUCAACAGAAAGCAGCAGCAUCAAGUUAUAACUUAAUGAGAAGGGCAGCAUUCCGAGAAGGAACAAAUGAUAAUAACAUAUACUGUCCAGAGUCCGGAGACAUUUCAAAAGAAAGCUUCUUGUUAUUUCAAAAGCACUGGUCUAAUGGUGAACCAGUUAUAGUUCGUGAUGUUCUAACACAGGGAACUGGUCUGAGCUGGGAGCCAAUGGUCAUGUGGCGAGUAUUAUGUGAAAGUUCAGCUUCAGACAUCAGCUCAAAAAUGUCAGAAGUGAAGGCCAUGGAUUGCCUAGCUGGUUGUGAGGUAGAAAUUAAUACUCAUAAGUUCUUUAAAGGUUAUACUGGGGGAAGAACAUAUAGAAAUCUGUGGCCAGAGAUGCUCAAGCUAAAAGAUUGGCCCCCAUCGGAUAAAUUUGAAGAUCUUCUGCCCCGCCAUUGUGAUGAGUUUAUACGAUGCUUGCCAUUUCAGGAGUAUAGUGACCCUCGUAAUGGAAUUGUCAAUCUUGCUGUAAAAUUGCCAGCCCAUGUCCUAAAACCUGAUAUGGGUCCGAAAACAUAUAUAGCUUAUGGAAUUAAAGAAGAACUUGGUAGAGGAGACUCUGUAACAAAGCUUCACUGUGAUAUGUCAGAUGCGGUGAAUAUUUUGACACAUACAGCUGAGGUAACACUGAGUGGUGAACAGUACUCUGUUAUUUCAAAGCUGAAAGAAGCACAUGCAGCACAAGAUGAGGAAGAACACUGGUCGGAAGAGAGGGAUUCUGAGUGCCCAAGUGUUCAACCUUGCAAAGAUGACAGAAAACAGAUAGAAGAUAAAGCAGCAGUAAGCCCCCAAGAUAUCAAGAAGUGCCCUAUUGAAAUGAAUGGGACAGUCUUUUCACUUGAGAAGUCUAAGGAGGCCGAUUCCCCUGCCAUCUCUAAUGAAGAUGAAACCGGAGAAACAGGUGGUGCUCUAUGGGAUAUCUUUCGUAGAGAGGAUGUUGAAAAGUUAGAAACAUAUCUAAGGAAACAUUCAAAAGAAUUUAGACACACUUAUUGCUGUCCAGUUGAACAGGUUGUCCAUCCUAUUCACGACCAAUGUUUUUAUCUGAAUAUGGAGCACAAAAGGAAGUUGAAGGAGGAGUUUGGUAUAGAGCCAUGGAAUCUGUUGUUCUAAUAUCUAUGUUCGAAAACCUUGCAGUCAUGUACAAAAGUUGCUGUAGACUUUGUGUCGCCGGAAAAUAUCCAUGAGUGUCUGCGUUUAACUAAUGAGUUCCGUAAGCUUCCGAAGAACCACAAAGCUCGUGAAGAUAAGCUUGAGAUAAAGAAGAUGAUAGUGUAUGCAAUUGAUCAAGCGCUGAAAGACCUGAAAGCUUUGGUCAUGUGUUCUUGACUUGACUUGAAGAAAGUUGCUGCAUUUUACUGUGGUCAUGGCUGAUUUUUCAGGUUGAUGUCAAUGUAGAGAAGUAUGUAGAGGGUUGGUGGCACUCACAAUAGGGUGAUUCGAAUUGUUAUUGUUGUCACAUUUUGGGGAACAAUUUAAAUUAGUUUUGCUUUCAAACUCCGCAAAGGAACUUAAAAAGUAAUGAAUUUAUGGUUAAAUA